GAACCUCAACAUAUCAAAGGGCAGUGAUCCACACAUUUCUUGAUAUCCAUGCCACAAGUCUCCACAUAUCAGAUGAAUAACACGGAACGCUUAAAACGCACAUAGAACUUGACUUUCAAAACUGAGAGAGGGAAGUAAAAAUGGUGGUUCUACCUCUUUCUCAGCCAAUGCCUCAAGCCCUUGCCUUCCGCUCUUUCCCUGUUUACGCUGCACUUUCUUCUAAUUUUUAUGGUCGACAUGGAAUUGGAACAACGGGGAGGAAACAGUUCAAUGUAUUUUCUUGUGCUAAUGGUAAUGGGCAGAGGGAGAGAAACCUCCUUCACAGAAGGAAGGUGGUGGACCACAUAUGUCUACUCAAAGCAAACAAGGGUUUAUCUGAUGAGGAGGAGAAGGAUAUGUUGGAUUAUCUUUACACAUCUCAAUAUCAGAUGCGUGGAAUUGUUGCAAUAUCUUUGGGUCAAAUAUCUGCUCAAGCUAAAGAAGAUUAUACUCAUGCUGUCUUCAUGCGAUUCCAAAGCAAGGAAGUCCUAGAAAAGUUCUAUGAGAACCCUCUCUACCUGCAACUUAUGAAGGAGCAUGUACUGCCUUACUGUCAUGGGCUAAUAAAUGUGGAUUAUGAAUCUGAAGUGGAAGACGAUAUGCUUCAUAUAUUUCGUAAAGGAGAGGAGUACAGCUAUGGUGUAGAAUUUGUGCUUCUGAUUGCAUUUGUUGAGGCUGCCAUUGGUGGACCUGCGAAAGAUGCAUUACUGUCUCUUCAAGAGCUAACUAUUGAACAUCCAUCCUUAGUUCUCCAAUGCACUCAAGGCUCAAACUUCAAUAGCAAUUCGAGAGGGGAAUAUACACAUGGAGUGGUGAUAAGAUUUCGAUCAUUUGAUGCCUUGGAGAUAUUUUUUAGCAGCUCAAGAUACAAAGACGUGUGGGAAUCUAAACUUCAAUCAAUAACCAAGAAAACAUUAGCCAUUCAUUUUUCUGUUGAUCCUGUGGGCACAGAGAUAAUGUAGAAGUAGAUUGAAGAAUUGGAUUCAAAGGAGUUUGAAAUUUAGUGCUCAGCAUGAUUUGAGUAAAAUUUUACAUUUUGGAGGAGAUUUGUUAUUUAAAGGAAUAAUCAAAGGAUAAUUG